AUGUCUGCUUCAGUUCAUAAAAAACUACGUUCUUUCAAAUUAUCCCAGAUGGAUCUUGAACAAUCAUUAUGGGACAUGGCAAACCUGUUUCGUGCACCUCGCCGCGUUUAUCGAUCGAUUAAUUUACGAAAACUAUCAACCAGUAUGGACGUGAAGACCUCUCAUUUAUCACCUUGUUUUCCAGUUUAA